UCCACACAUUCACUUCCUUACCCAAUCUGAAAGCUCGAGCCCAACCCACCGACAUGAAGCUACGAAUCCGAUCAACGGUGACGAAGGAGACGAUUCGCAUCGAUAUCCCUAAUUCCUCCUCUCUCUCCGAUGUUAAAACCCUAAUUUCCUCAAACCUUUCCUCCACCACACCAAUACCCCCCGAAUCUAUUCACCUCUCCCUCAAUCGAACUGACGAAAUCGCAUCUGCCCCUGACGAAUCCCUCCACGCCCUUGGUCUCACCUCUGGCGAUCUCUUGUUCUAUUCCAUCGACUCCAGCCUUAAUUCCAUUACCGAAACCCUGAACCAAUCUCCAGCCUCACCGGUCGAAAACCUAACUUCAUUCUCCUCGGCUCCCGAGCCGCCCGCUGACGAUAUGGAGGUGGAAUCAGAAUCGAAGCCUUUUGUGCAGGAGAAGGCAGCGUCGGUUCCCUGCUUUCUUCGAAGGAUUAUGGAAACGGAGAAGGGAAAGAUUAAUGGUAAUAUGGGACUCACGGUGGUUACUAUCCAUGCUGUAUUCUUAGAAUCCGGAUUCGUCGCAUGCGGUGGCGGCGGCGGAUCUUCUUUGCCGGAAGGAUUUUCCAUGGCGUCUCAGGUUUCGGUAAAGUACACUCUUCCAAACCUUAUAAGUUGUGGGAAUUUGGAAGAUGUUAAAAAUGUCAUCUUGAAGUUUUCUUCGGUGGGGAACUAUGUUUUUAUUUACGGGUGCUUGGUUGGAGCUCGCCCUGAUGUUUACCAUCUUUCUUUGGAUUCUUCCAAGUUGGCCCCUUUGUUGGCCUCGGCCGUAAAUGAACUUAGUGCGCAGGAACAGGAAGACGUUUUCCAGCUUUGGAAAAUUGUAAAGGAUCGUCUUUCUAUCCCCUUACUUAUUGAUAUAUGUCAGAAGAAUGGGUUACCUCUUCCACCAUGCUUUACCCGGCUUCCCACUGAUCUCAAGAUCAUGAUUUUGGAGUUUCUCCCAGGCAUAGACCUUGCAAGGGCUGCAUGUGCUUGUUCUGAAUUGAGGUACCUUUCAUCCAAUGAUGAACUUUGGAAGAGGAGGUUUUUGGAGGAGUUUGAGAUGUUUGUUGCAGGAAGCACAGGAGGGACUUGGAAGGAUAAAUUUGCGAGAUUAUGGGUGAGGAGAAAGAAAUCUAGGAUGGACAGGGAUAAUGCAUUGGUUCCGUACAUUCGUAGCCCAAGGGUUAUACCAUUGCCCUGGAUUCCUGGUGCCCAGAGGUUUCCUAUGAUUGGUGGAGAUUAUGAUCGUUUCCCGGCUAUUGGCGAUCUUGGAUCUCUGAGGAGGGCAGGAUUUAAUCAACACGCAGCUAGACGAAAUUUUUCACCUAAUUGUAACUUGGGCGGAGGCGCUUUGUAACUUGGGUAGUCGUAUGCCCUGAAUUUUCUUGUUUGUAAAAUGGAGUUGUGCAGGCAAACUUUAUAGAUAACUCUUAUGCAUGCAUAUUAUAUUUUGCAUUACAGCUUUUGUUGUUUUGUGGUAAACGUGCUUGACAUCUAUGGUUAUUUGUCUUGCAGACUUGGAUAUA